CGUCUUACUCCUCACCAAUGUCUAAACUCUUAACACCAAAGAGAGUGUAAACUUUGCUUUUGUCUAUUGGUUUGUUAGAUUUGGAAAUGUUGGGCGUUUUUAGCAGCUCGAUUGUGACGCCGCCGGAUGAGCUGGUGGCCGCCGGAAGCCGGACUCCGUCACCUAAGAUAACGGCGGAGGCGCUGGUGAACCGCUUCAUUAAAAUCGAUUCUUCGGCGGUGUCCAUUCAGAUCAACGAUCAUGUCCAACUCGCCUACACUCACAUGGAUGAGUCUGCUUCACUGCCAAGGUCAUUUGCUGUUAAGGAUGAAAUAUUUUGCUUGUUUGAGGGAUCUCUUGACAACUUAGGGAGUUUGAGACAACAAUAUGGUCUUGCCAAGUCUGCAAAUGAGGUGGUAUUGAUGAUUGAAGCAUACAAGGCUCUUCGUGAUCGGGCACCUUAUCCUCCCAGUCAUGUCGUUGGUCACCUUCAAGGCAAUUUUGCAUUUAUCGUUUUCGACAAGUCCACUUCUACAAUGUUUGUAGCUACUGAUCAAUUCGGUAAGGUACCUCUCUAUUGGGGGAUCACUGCUGACGGAUAUGUGGCCUUCGCCAAUGAUGCCAAUUUGCUUAAAGGUGCUUGUGGCAAAUCACUUGCGUCAUUCCCUCAAGGGUGUUUCUUCUCUACAACAGUUGGAGAACUGAGAAGUUAUGAGAACCCCAAAAACAAGAUCACUGCCGUUCCUGCUACUGAGGAAGAAAUAUGGGGCGCAAAAUUUAUG